GGCUUUUGCACAGUUCUGAGCCAGCCGCGUGAGGGGUAUAACGUUGUGCUGGGUUUGAAAUUUGCACUGGUUCUAAUUAAAGUCCACACCUGCUCAACGCCUCACGGUACGCUCCACACAUUCGAAGCAGUGGUGGGGAGCCUGGUGGUAAGUAGUGCAGUUCCCUUGUGAGCUAGGUAUGCUUGUUGUUCAUCCUGCAAGUUGCUGUGAUGUCUGCCUUGAUCCCUAUUCCAUCUCCUCAGAAGCUGCUCAUUCUCCACAUGCAAUUGCCUGUGGCCACAUAUUCUGUCUCACAUGCCUUCGCUCCUUGUCCCUAAGUGCAUGUCCUCUCUGCCGCGAACCUUUCCGGCCAGAUCGUGUCAAGAAACUCUACCUCGCCAAUCCAUCCAAACAAGACGAUGCUGAACAAGAUGCUGAACAAGAUACUAACGAUGAUCAGCAUGCUAGCCUCCUUUUGCAUCGUGUGUCUCUAGUCUCAGGCGAAGACACGCCCGACGCAGAAGCUGUCAACGUAGUCGCCGAGGUGCAAGAAUGGCUGAAAUCUCAAUCGGGUAAUCUAAAUUCUCAUAUCCCACUACGAGCUGCGGUAACCUCCCUCCAGCGAAUCAAAGCUCUUCAAGACCAGAUCGAGCGCGAAAAAGCAGAAUGUUGUCGCCUUCGUGACAAGCUUCGUACCUGCAAACUUUACGCAGACCUCGACUUCAAAACAUCUCGCGUAGUUGAAGAAGGUCUCCUUUCUAGGAUCCAGAAAAUAGAGAAUGAACAUGCUCUGUAGCUGUCACGAUUGCAUUCUCAGCUGGAAAUCCUUGUAAAAUCUCAACCUCGAUGCUCUAACACCAACAA